CCAGUCGCAAAACGUAAACAAAGGCCAUGGAGGAAAAACAAUUUUUGCCGGAAUCAAAGAAUUCUGCUGAGGAAAGCGUAGCCAAGGCUCCAAACUUGCCAAGAGAAGUCAAACUGAAAAUUCAAAGGUAUCUCAACAGGGAGGGGUACUCGCAGCAAAAUCUGGUGGAAGCAUCCAAAUACAACAAGCAAAACUAUACGAACGCCGCUUUCCAUUAUGUGUCCACCAGCAUAAAAAGGGGACAGGAAAUGGUGAAAAAUUGCGACUCCGUCAGUCUGAACAACAUUACCCAGUGGCUGGAACUAAUGAAAAAUGCCGAACUCUCGGAUCUCUGCGAAUUCGAGGCAGCUGCUGUUGUGAACUUCAUAAUCCAAAACGAGGAAAAGCCAUCCCCAGACGAAAUAAAUGGCAUCGACUUGAGCGAAGCGUAUAAAUUUUUGGAAAAUGCGCUAAUGGGCCAACCCCAAAAAAAAAUGGGUGAUGCCACUAAGGCAUUUCUGUCCAAGGAAAUUGAGCUCCUUAUACAAGAGGCCAACACCGACAAAUCCGAUGAUGUGGCACGUAGCAUGGGACAAUGCCUUUAUAACCAUCAGGUCGUCGACUAUAUGGAGCAUCCCCAAAAAUGCAGCUUGGACCCACUUUUUCUGGACGAAGAGCAAACGUAGAGGCUAGAGAUAAAUAAUAAUUAGGCAGUUUGUUCAUUUCCACACAUUUAUUAAACAUUUAAAUUCAAUUUUUGUUAUAUACGUACAUUGUCACAUGCAUUAGCACUUUUCCAUCUUUAAUCAACCAUCGAUCCCACGUUUAUACAUUAGUAUUACUAUGCCGAAUGCCCCAACCUUUGUACGUAUUAAUAUUCGAUAAUUACAUUCAUAAUUAAGUACUUGACUAUAAACAGUUUUAGCACAUUUAAAAUCUAGAAUUCCUUUAGUUGUACACAAUUACUUCAAGUAGUGUAAGUACGAGUAUAAGAAAAAGUUUAGGGUCUUUGGCCUUGGAUUCUCUCAAUUGCAUAACAUUUAUUGUGCAUGAUUGUUUUCAAUAGUUCUGGUUGCCAAUUUGCAUUGCAUAGACUAGAGUAGAGAUAGGUAGUUUAGUUUUGGUUUUGCUUUGAUUAGCUUUGUUUUAAACUUUAAGAGGCAUAAAAACAGUUGAGUGCUGCUUGACUCCCAUAGCAUCACAAUAGAAUCACAAGAGACAGAGUUGGCUUAAUUUUUUCAAUUUCAUUACAGGUUCUAGGAUGUCACACUUACGAUAACAUAACAUACAUACGAUCAGAGUUACAUACAAAUUCGAAUACAAAUAUAAUACCCUUUAAUAUUAACCGUAGUUACUCUCAUUAAAACGAUCUUUUCACACAAUCAAAUGCAAUUCAAUAAUGUACAUAAUAUAAUUCUUAAAUGUUCAGUCCAGUUUGAGCUUUUCGUUUUCCCCUUUUUUUCUUUUUCUUUUUUGGUUUGUUUAGUUGUGUGUCCUCACGUAAACAUUAAUUAAAAUUAAGUAAAUCUAAGUAUGUAUACGUACGAUUAAACGCUAGUAAACCAUAUAGAUAUGCCUUGUCUAAGAUCGCAAAAUGUAACCGAAAUAAACGAAAACUCAGACUGAACAAAAUGCAAAGCAGAAUCAGGUGCAUGGCAAGGAUAUGCUGUAGUUUCAAGAUCAUUAGCUGGCCUUAACUAAACGCAGAUCCAACGGAUCGAACAAACACAACGACAACAACGUAACAGAAAAAUUUAAUUGGUAGUUGGAAAUUCGUAAUUCCGUAAUUUGUAAUGAUUUAGUGUCGGUAGAAUUUUGAUUGUCCCGUUUCCGUUCGUGUUAUUCAGAGCAUACAUCAUACGUGUAUAUAAAGUAGGUUUUAGUGUGUCCUAGGUAGAGUUCGUCUUGCUUCUUGAUUGUAUACAUAUAUAAAUUCAUAUUUGGUUUUAGUUUUUCACUUAUAUUCCGCUAAACAUACCACAACAAUGAUAAUCGCUUUAUUUGCAGUUUACGUAAUGAAUACAUUAAUGACUUCUUCACUAUAAAGUUUCAAGAGUUUACCAUUUACCACACUUAUGCGCGCAUUUAGCUGCCCAAUUAUACAAAUUGACUAUAAGUUUGAGAUUGAGAUUGCCUUCAGGAACAUCGAACAUCGGCUUCAUUAAUUGAUCUGGUUCUAUUUCGGAUCGGUAGAUAUUGGAUCGUUGGACCUUGGGUUGGUUUCGUGUAUUCACCUUAGUAGUAGUUUUGGGUGUGGUUGGACUUAUUCCGUUCGAACAGAGAGUGUAUAUUUAAUGGAUUUGAAUGAUGGGGAAUAUAUAUGAUUCAUCACUGUAAAGCGCAGGCGGGAACCCUCGAGGUUCUUGGCUAAAAAUAAACUUCUCUUUACAUUCGUGGUUAUUUAUAUUCAUUUUGAUUGCGUUUGCUGUAAAGCUCUGUGAUUAGUUUGAUUUUUAUGGUGCUAGGUACGAUGUAGGUACAUGAUUUCCUCUUAUUUUUAUCUGAGAUAGCGAUAUGGUUGAUGUUGGCAAAAUAAAUAAAUAAUUAUAAUUGCAUUGGGCGGUUUCUUCCUUUGCUGAUGUCUUAUGAUAUGGUUCGGUCAUAAAUUGUUUAAAUUAAAAGAAUAUUUAAAUGCUAUGUAUAGUGAUAGUGGCUGAAUAUUUGACAUGUAUUUUAAACUAGCGUACACAUUCAUAAUAAAUAUAUUCAAGAAUAGUUAGGGUUUCUAUGAAUUGAUUGCAUUCUGCAUAGUGUUGUUUUUUUUUUUGGUUUUCUCUGGAUCGUGAAUUUUUUGUUUGAUUUUUGGGUUGUGUUUGACACUUUUGUUUUGGUUAAAUUACAAUUCAUUUGUGAUUAAUAUGUUGCUUUGGUCACAUCGAAUUGGAUUGGCUAACAACAUUUAGAGUUUCGACUGAAAAUACUUAGUUAAGCUUGCUCUUGGUAUACGUUUACAAUGUUAUAUUUAUAUACCGCUAAUAUAAGUUGAUUACUGGU